AUGGUGGUCGCAGCGGCGGACGUCCCGCUCCAGAGCAGCGUCUCCGCCGCCGCCUUCUCGUCCAGGCGCUCGAUGGUUCGCCCGGCGCUCCCCGUCGCGCCGCACGAGUUCUUCCACCGGAUCCCCGCCGCGCCCCGCGAGACCACGAAGAAGACGCCGGCGGCGGCGGCGGAGGGCGGCGAGCUGCUGCGGCUGUCGGACCUGGAGCGGGUCUGCUACCUCGGCGAGGGCGCAUGCGGCGAGGUCACCAAGGUGCGCCACCGCCGCACCGGCGCCGUGUUCGCGCUCAAGACGGCCCACUACGCCGGACCCAGCGGCGCCGCGGCGGACGAGGAGGCCGAGGCGCUCCGCCGGUCCGCCGGGUCCCCGCACGUCGUGCGCUGCCACGCCGUCCUCGGCGCCGCCGCCGACGCGCCCGCGUACGUGCUCGAGCUCAUGGACGCCGGGACGCUCGGCGGCGUCCUCGGCCGCCGGGGAGGGCGCGGGGUCCCCGAGCGCGCGCUGGCCGAGGUGGCCGCGCGGUGCCUCCAGGGGCUGGCGCACGUGCACUCCCGCGGCGUCGCGCACCUCGACCUGAGGCCCGACAACCUCCUCGCCAACUCCCGCGGGGACGUCAAGAUCGGCGAUUUCAGCGUGUCCAGGGUCCUCUACGGCCGCGCCGGCGAGCGCCGCAGGGUCUCCGUCGCCGUCGGCUCGCCCAUGUACCUGAGCCCCGAGCGGUUCGAGCCCGACGCGCACGCCGGGCCGCGCGGCGCCAUCGCCGCCGACAUCUGGGGCUUCGGCGUCACGGUCCUGGAGCUCUUCCUGGGGCGGCGCCCCUUUCUCGCCCCAGGGGUGAGGCCGUCGUUCGAGAAGCUGAGGCAGGCGAUCUGCGACGGGGAGCCACUGUCAGCACUCGGGAGCGCGGCGGCGUCGCCGGAGCUGCGCGGGUUCCUGGACGCGUGCCUGCAGAAGGACCCGAGGCGGCGCGCCACGGUGGCGCAGCUGCUCGCACACCCGUUCGUCGCGCGACGCCACGUCGACGAGUCGCGCCGGGCGCUGCGGGAACUCAUCGCGGAGACGCUGGAAGAGUAG